CAUCAAGCAUGGAAUUGUUGAAGACUAGGACCUCAUGGAGAAGUUCAUGGAGCAGGUCAUAUUCAAAUAUCUCCGAGCUGAGCCAGAAGACCGCAAUUUCCUCAUGAGCCGCCCCUGAAUUCCCCAGAGAACAGGGAAUAUUUAGCUGAGAUCAUGUUUGAAACAUUCAACAUUCCAGGGCUGUACAUCGCUGUUCAGGCUGUUUUGGCACUGGCAGCAUCAUGGACUUCAAGGCAAGUUGGAGAACGAACGCUAACAGGGAUUGUGAUUGACAGCGGUGAUGGAGUUACUCAUGUCAUACCAGUGGCAGAAGGUUAUAUGAUUGGCAGCUGUAUAAAGCACAUCCCUAUAGCAGGCAGAGAUAUCACCUACUUCAUUCAACAGCUGCUCAGAGAGAGAGAGGUUGGGAUUCCACCAGAACAGUCACUGGAGACUGCAAAAGCUGUUAAAGAAAGGUAUUGCUACAUCUGUCCUGACAUAGUGAAGGAAUUCACCAAAUACGAUGUGGACCCUGGCAAAUGGAUAAAAAAAUACAAGGGAGUCAACGCCAUCAGCAAAAAUGAAUUUCAAAUAGAUGUCGGAUAUGAACGCUUUCUGGGACCAGAGAUAUUUUUUCACCCUGAGUUUGCCAACCCAGACUUUAUGCAGCCCAUCUCAGAUGUAGUGGAUGAAGUCAUUCAGAACUGCCCAAUCGAUGUGAGAAGACCCCUUUACAAGAACAUAGUCCUGUCCGGCGGCUCCACCAUGUUUCAUGACUUUGGCCGCGGACUGCAGCGGGAUCUGAAGCAUGCGGUGGACGGCAGACUCAGACUCAGCGAGGAGCUCAGUGGAGGCAGAAUAAAGCCCAAACCCAUAGAGGUGCAGGUGAUCUCUCAUCAUAUGCAGAGAUACGCCGUGUGGUUUGGGGGAUCCAUGUUGGCUUCUACGGAGGAAGCAGGAGCCAGGUGAACAGUCCACGUGAGUCUUUUAUUGACAACACUUUUCAGCGUUACACACACAAAAUAGUACUUUUUACAAGAACAUUUAACUCACACACAAGACGGCUUCGUGCAUCACUCUUUCUCCACUCCGGUGGUCUGGACUGUCCUUAUAUCCCUCUCCAGCUCUCACUGCAACACAAAACAGCUGUUAGAGAUUAUUUACCCUGGGUGUCAAUCCUUACCGCCUUCCUCUCCCGGCCACCCUCUCCACAGAAUGUCGCUCAACCACACCCCCAUCUCCACACUAUAUUUUAUGAUGCAUUAUUUUGGAAUGAAUUUAUAUUUGUAUUAAAGAGAACUUUUUCGGAUAUAUAUAUAUACGCUGGUGGCUAAAAGU